GUUGCUGGUAGAUGUUGGGGACCAUAGAGUGAAUCUCAUAACAGGAAGCUAGGGCAGAGGAGACAGAAUACUGCAGAGGUUUCUUUGUUAUUUUUCCCCCUUUUCUUUCAAUGAGGCUAGUAUAAAUGUAAGAGUUACAAGCUUCUUUGCUGAAGAACCUGAACAACUGCAGCAGAAGGAGCUUGAUUACCUACAAGUGUAUGGAUAUAUCUCAUGCUAUGUUUUGCAAUUCUCUUUUAUCAGCACUUUUUUAUGUGAGAGGCUAAACGGUAAUUAAGAGGUGCAGGAUGAAAAGAUGGCACAAUCAGUGCUGGUACCACCAGGACCUGACAGCUUCCACUAUUUCACGAGAGAGUCACUUGCAGCUAUUGAACAACGUAUUGCUGAAGAAAAAGCUAAGAAGUCUAAACAAGAACGUAAAGAUGAUGAUGAUGAAAAUGGACCAAAACCAAACAGUGACCUGGAGGCGGGAAAGUCACUGCCAUUUAUUUACGGUGACAUACCUCCAGGAAUGGUGUCCGAGCCCUUGGAGGAUCUGGACCCAUAUUAUAUCAAUAAAAAAACUUUUAUAGUAUUGAAUAGAGGGAAGGCAAUCUUCCGAUUCAGUGCCACCUCUGCCGUGUACAUGUUAACUCCCUUCAAUCCUCUUAGAAAAAUAGCUAUUAAAAUUUUGGUACAUUCAUUGUUCAGCAUGCUUAUUAUGUGCACUAUAUUGACCAACUGUGUAUUUAUGACUAUGAGUAACCCUCCGGAUUGGACAAAGAAUGUAGAAUACACAUUCACUGGAAUUUAUACCUUUGAAUCACUUAUAAAAAUUCUUGCAAGGGGCUUCUGUUUAGAAGAUUUUACUUUUCUUCGAGACCCAUGGAAUUGGCUAGAUUUCACUGUCAUUACAUUUGCAUAUGUGACAGAGUUUGUGGACCUGGGCAAUGUCUCAGCGUUGAGAACGUUCAGAGUUCUCCGAGCAUUGAAAACAAUAUCAGUCAUUCCAGGCUUAAAGACUAUUGUGGGAGCCCUAAUUCAGUCUGUGAAGAAGCUCUCGGAUGUCAUGAUCCUGACUGUGUUUUGUCUCAGUGUAUUUGCACUAAUAGGGCUGCAGCUGUUCAUGGGUAACUUGAGGCACAAAUGCUUGCAGUGGCCUCCAGACAACUCAACUUUGGAAAUAAAUGUUAUUUCCUACUUUAAUAGCACAAUAGGAGAAAAUGGAACAUUUGUUAAUACAACAGUGAGCACAUUUAAUUGGGAGGAGUACAUCGAGGACAGAAGUCAUUUUUACUUUUUGGAAGGACAAAAUGAUGCUCUGCUAUGUGGCAAUAGCUCAGAUGCAGGUCAAUGUCCGGAAGGAUAUAUAUGUGUGAAAGCUGGUAGAAACCCCAACUAUGGCUACACAAGCUUUGACACAUUCAGCUGGGCAUUCUUGUCACUGUUUCGACUGAUGACUCAGGACUUUUGGGAGAAUCUUUAUCAGCUGACACUACGUGCUGCUGGCAAAACGUACAUGAUAUUUUUUGUCCUGGUGAUUUUUCUGGGCUCUUUCUAUCUGAUUAAUUUGAUCCUGGCUGUGGUUGCCAUGGCCUAUGAAGAACAAAAUCAAGCAACCAUGGAAGAAGCAGAGCAGAAGGAGGCAGAAUUUCAGCAGAUGCUUGAACAGCUGAAAAAACAACAAGAAGAAGCUCAGGCAGCAGCAGCUGCUGCACUAGCAGCUGAAACAAGAGAGUUCAGUGGAGUAGGUGGAGUAGGAGGAUUCUCUGAAAGUUCUUCUGAAGCAUCAAAAUUAAGUUCAAAGAGUGCUAAAGAGAGAAGGAACAGAAGGAAGAAGAGAAAACAGAAAGAGCAGUCUGAAGGAGAGGAGAAAGAUGAGGAAGAAUUUCACAAAUCUGAAUCAGAAGAUAGCAUCAGAAGGAAAGGUUUCCGAUUCUCUAUUGAAGGGAACAGGCUGACAUAUGAAAAGAGGUUCUCUUCUCCACACCAGUCUUUGCUGAGCAUUCGUGGCUCCCUGUUCUCCCCAAGACGUAGUAGCAGAACAAGUCUUUUCAGCUUCAGAGGUCGAGCAAAGGAUGUAGGAUCAGAAAAUGACUUUGCCGAUGAUGAACACAGCACUUUUGAAGACAAUGAGAGUAGAAGAGGUUCUCUCUUUGUUCCUCACAGACAUGGUGAACGGCGCAACAGUAACAUUAGUCAGGCUAGUAGGUCAUCCAGGAUGGUACCAGUUCUUCCAGCAAAUGGGAAGAUGCACAGCACUGUAGAUUGCAAUGGAGUUGUUUCUUUGGUUGGAGGACCUCCAGCUCUCACGUCACCUACUGGACAGCUUCUCCCAGAGGGCACCACAACAGAAACGGAAUUAAGAAAGAGACGGACAAGUUCUUACCAUGUUUCUAUGGAUUUCCUGACAGAGCCCAGUGCAAGGCAAAGAGCAAUGAGUAUAGCCAGCAUACUCACAAACACAAUGGAAGAACUUGAAGAAUCCAGGCAGAAGUGCCCACCAUGCUGGUAUAAAUUUGCGAACACAUGCUUGAUCUGGGAUUGCUGUGCUCCAUGGUUAAAAGUAAAACAUAUUGUAAAUUUAAUUGUGAUGGAUCCAUUUGUCGAUCUUGCUAUUACUAUCUGCAUUGUUUUAAAUACAUUAUUUAUGGCCAUGGAGCAUUAUCCAAUGACGGAACAGUUUAGUCACGUGCUUUCAGUAGGAAAUCUGGUCUUUACUGGGAUCUUCACAGCGGAAAUGUUUCUCAAGAUAAUUGCCAAGGAUCCUUAUUAUUAUUUUCAAGAAGGCUGGAAUAUUUUUGAUGGUUUCAUUGUGAGCCUUAGUUUAAUGGAGCUUGGUCUUGCAAAUGUAGAAGGAUUAUCUGUUCUUAGAUCAUUCAGAUUGCUUCGAGUUUUCAAAUUGGCAAAGUCUUGGCCCACACUAAAUAUGCUGAUAAAGAUUAUUGGUAACUCAGUGGGGGCUUUAGGAAAUUUGACCUUGGUGCUGGCCAUCAUUGUCUUCAUUUUUGCUGUGGUUGGUAUGCAACUGUUUGGCAAAAGCUACAAGGAAUGUGUUUGCAAGAUCUCCAAUGACUGUGAACUUCCACGCUGGCACAUGCAUGACUUCUUCCACUCUUUCUUGAUUGUAUUCCGAGUGUUGUGUGGAGAAUGGAUAGAGACUAUGUGGGACUGUAUGGAGGUUGCAGGGCAAGCCAUGUGCCUUAUUGUUUUCAUGAUGGUCAUGGUGAUUGGAAACCUAGUGGUACUCAACCUCUUUCUGGCCUUGCUGCUGAGCUCAUUUAGUUCGGACAACCUUGCGGCUACAGAUGAUGAUAAUGAAAUGAACAAUCUCCAAAUUGCAGUGGCAAGGAUUCAGAAGGGAAUAGAUUAUGUAAAAAGAAAAGUACAUGAAUUCGCCCAAAAAGCUUUUGUUAGAAAGCAAAAAGUUUUAGAUGAAAUCAAGCCUCUUGAAGAUCUAAACAACAAAAAAGACGGCUGCAUUUCCAAUCAUACUGUUGUAGAAAUAGGUAAAGACCUUAACUAUCUUAAAGAUGGGAAUGGAACUACCAGUGGUGUAGGCAGCAGCGUGGAAAAAUAUGUCGUCGAUGAAAGUGAUUACAUGUCAUUCAUAAACAAUCCAAGUCUCACUGUGACUGUGCCGAUUGCUGUUGGGGAAUCAGAUUUUGAAAAUUUAAAUACAGAAGAGUUUAGCAGCGAGUCAGAUCUAGAGGAGAGCAAAGAGAAGUUAAAUGCAUCCAGCUCAUCUGAAGGCAGUACAGUUGAUAUUGGACUUCCUCAAGAAGGAGAACAACCAGAGGUAGAACCUGAAGAAGCUCUUGAACCAGAAGCCUGUUUUACAGAAGGCUGUGUACGGAAGUUCAAGUGCUGUCAAGUCAGCAUAGAAGAUGGGAAAGGAAAACUAUGGUGGAAUCUUAGGAAAACCUGCUACAAGAUAGUUGAACACAACUGGUUUGAGACCUUCAUUGUCUUCAUGAUUCUCCUCAGCAGUGGCGCUCUGGCUUUUGAAGACAUAUACAUUGAACAGCGCAAGACUAUUAAAACCAUGCUGGAAUAUGCCGAUAAAGUCUUCACUUAUAUCUUCAUUCUGGAAAUGCUUUUAAAAUGGGUGGCUUAUGGUUUUCAAAUGUAUUUCACUAAUGCCUGGUGCUGGCUGGACUUCCUGAUUGUUGAUGUCUCUUUGGUUAGCUUAACAGCUAAUGCCUUGGGCUACUCAGAACUUGGUGCGAUUAAAUCCCUUAGGACCUUAAGAGCUUUGAGACCUCUAAGAGCCUUGUCACGAUUUGAAGGGAUGAGGGUCGUUGUGAAUGCCCUCUUAGGAGCAAUUCCAUCCAUUAUGAAUGUGCUUCUUGUUUGUCUUAUAUUCUGGCUAAUCUUCAGCAUCAUGGGAGUAAAUCUGUUUGCUGGCAAAUUCUAUUACUGUAUUAAUACCACAAAUGAUGAGAGGUUUGAUAUCAGCCAAAUCAACAAUUACAGUCAAUGUGAGGACCUCAUAAAAAACAAUGAAACUGCCCGAUGGAAAAAUGUUAAAGUAAACUUUGAUAACGUAGGACUUGGCUAUCUUUCUCUGCUUCAAGUAGCCACAUUUAAAGGAUGGAUGGAUAUAAUGUAUGCAGCCGUGGAUUCUCGAAAUGUAUUGGAUCAGCCUAAGUAUGAAGACAACCUGUAUAUGUAUCUUUACUUUGUCAUCUUUAUCAUCUUUGGAUCAUUCUUCACCCUGAACCUUUUCAUUGGUGUCAUCAUAGAUAAUUUCAACCAACAAAAAAAGAAGUUUGGAGGCCAAGACAUCUUUAUGACAGAAGAACAAAAGAAAUAUUACAAUGCAAUGAAAAAGUUGGGUUCCAAGAAACCACAAAAACCUAUACCUCGGCCAGCGAACAAAUUCCAAGGCAUGGUCUUUGAUUUUGUGACAAAACAAGUAUUUGACAUCAGCAUCAUGAUUCUUAUCUGCCUUAACAUGGUCACCAUGAUGGUAGAAACAGACGACCAGAGUGAUGAGAUGCAAGAUAAUUUAUGGUGGAUUAACCUUGUGUUCAUUGUCCUUUUCACUGGAGAAUGUAUUUUGAAACUGAUUUCACUCCGUUAUUACUACUUCACCAUAGGGUGGAACAUUUUUGAUUUUGUAGUUGUCAUUCUCUCCAUAGUAGGUAUGUUUCUGGCUGACCUGAUUGAAAAAUAUUUUGUGUCCCCCACCUUGUUCAGAGUUAUCCGACUUGCCAGAAUAGGACGAAUCCUGCGUCUCAUUAAGGGUGCAAAAGGGAUCCGCACUCUGCUUUUUGCUUUGAUGAUGUCUCUUCCUGCUUUGUUUAACAUUGGUCUCCUGCUUUUUCUGGUCAUGUUUAUCUAUGCUAUAUUUGGAAUGUCCAACUUUGCCUAUGUUAAGAGGGAAGUUGGGAUUGAUGACAUGUUCAACUUUGAAACUUUUGGAAAUAGCAUGAUCUGCUUAUUUCAAAUUACCACGUCAGCUGGUUGGGAUGGCUUGUUAGCACCAAUUCUUAACAGUGGAGAACCAGACUGUGACCCUAAUAAAGAUCACCCAGGAAGCUCUGUUAAAGGAGACUGUGGUAACCCUUCAGUUGGGAUUUUCUUUUUUGUCAGUUAUAUUAUCAUAUCAUUUUUAGUUGUAGUAAACAUGUAUAUUGCUGUUAUUUUGGAGAACUUCAGUGUCGCCACAGAAGAAAGUGCUGAGCCCUUGAGCGAGGACGACUUUGAGAUGUUCUAUGAGGUUUGGGAAAAGUUUGAUCCAGAUGCAACUCAGUUCAUAGAAUUCAGUAAACUCUCUGAUUUUGCAGCUUCAUUGGAUCCUCCUCUUCUUAUAGCAAAACCAAAUAAAGUUCAGCUUAUUGCAAUGGAUCUGCCCAUGGUGAGUGGGGACAGAAUUCACUGCCUUGACAUCUUGUUUGCUUUUACAAAGCGUGUUUUGGGGGAAAGUGGAGAAAUGGAUACACUUCGAAUACAAAUGGAAGAUCGGUUUAUGGCAGCCAACCCUUCUAAAGUCUCCUAUGAACCGAUCACAACAACAUUAAAACGAAAACAAGAGGAAGUAUCUGCUGUCAUUAUUCAGCGUGCUUUCAGACGUUACCUUUUAAAGCAAAAAAUUAAAAAAGUUUCAUGUAUGUUUAAACAAGAUAAAGACAAAGAUGAGGAUGACCUGCCUAUGAAAGAAGAGAUGAUUAUUGAUAAACUGAAUGAGAACUCCACUCCAGAAAAAACAGAUAUGACCCCUUCCACAACUUCUCCACCUUCCUAUGAUAGUGUAACAAAGCCAGACAAAGAGAAAUAUGAAAAAGACAAAUCAGAAAAAGAAGAUAAAGGUAAAGACAUCAGGGAAAGUAAAAAGUAACAAAGAAUUACAUUGGUGAUAUGUGGUUUAAAGCCUGAGAAAGUGACAUAUUUGUGUCAACAAGACUCCUGUAAUGAGGUCUAUGCCAAACUGACAGUUUUUACUUAUAUAAAUAUAUAUAUAUAAAAUGAUUUUAUAUAUAUAUAUAUACUUAAGGUCAGUGCCUAUAACAAGACAGUGACCCCUCGUCAUCAAACUGUGACUCUGUAAAACAGGGUAACAACCUUGACAGGAGGUUAUUGUUUUCAUUACCAGCUGAUGCUGCUGAAGAGGAGACAAAAUGGCUACUCAGACUGUAGGGACCAGUUUAAAAAAAAAGGUGCAAACCUCCAAUUUCUGUUUAACAAAAACACUUGAGUACAAUAAUUGUAUCCACUGUCUGCAUUUCAACUGCUAUAUUUGCCAUAUUUUUACAAAAAUUGGUGUUGGUGAAUUUAUCAUUUUUUUUAAUUCACAGGUUGUUUACUAUUAUAUGUGACUAUUUUUGUAAAUGGGUUUUGUGUUGGGGAAGAGGAUUUGAGGACCAGGUGUUCUAUCCUCUGAUUCUCUAUAAUGUACAGACAGAAGUGAUUUGCAUGAAGGCAUGCUGCACUCAUUGUACAUGCAUGGAAAACACAUGACAUCAGUCGCACAAAGCAAGAGUUUUAACUACUUCCAUGUUUCAGGGUGGCUCGAUAUUUUGAGGUGCUUAAUGAAAGUAUUCAUCUUGUGUCUCAUCCAGACAAAUUUUAAUGUGCCUGUAAAGUCCCAUAGAAUCUACAAUAAUAAAACAGAUAUUUUAUUUUUUCACAAGUCAUUAAAUUAUAGUUGAUACAAACUUCUCUGAGAAAAAACUGUUGACGAUAUAAACUUGAUUUUUUUUUUUGUUAAGUGUUCUUCUGUGGAGAACAAAAUACUCAUUUAAUCUAAUCUAGAAAAUUGAACUGACCAAAAAACGUCAACCUUUAUAAAGCUGUUCUGCUUCACCCUGCAGUAUCAUUUAGCCAUCUUCUACUCUCAGCAAGGUUGACAUUGUAUGUGUCAAUGAAAUAAUAUUGUCUAUGUAAAUAGUUACUUUACCACGUGGUGCAUGUUUGAGCAAACAAAUAAUGACCUGAGCACAAUAUUUAUUGCAUCAAAUAUGUACCAUGAUAAGUGUAGUUUGCAAGCUUUCAACAGAUAAUAUUAUGUAUUCUGUACCAUUAUAGAUAUUUUGCAGGCUAUCACUGAUGCAUGUUUAUCUUGCCUUUGCUGCUGUAUUUUACUCCUUCCACUGUUCAAAAGUCUAAUAUGGGAAGCCAUAUGUCAGUGGUAAAGUGAAACAAAUUGUUCAACCAGAAAUCAUUCCUUCAUAUCAUCAAGCAAUAGUUUGCAGCUAUUAAAGAGCUUCUUGCUUUGCAUUCUUAAAUUUUACGUGACUACUGUACGGUGUAUAGCCAGACUGUACAGGACAUGUUGCAAACUGCUUAAUCUGUUGAAAAUACAUGGAUAGAAUUUUCUAAGAAAAUAUAAAUACUGUAAAAAUAUCAUUUUAUUUUAUUUUUCAGCAUUUUGUACAUAGAAUCAGAAAUUAAAAUUAUCUUCAGGUUGAUGUCACAGUCACUUUUGUUACUUUCUGUCCAUAGCACUUUUUAAUCAAAGAACUUCACAAAAUAAGAGUAAAGGAGAGAAUGAGGUAGUUUUAGGUUUCUGCUUCUUUUUAUUAGUACUGUAUUUUUGCACACAUUUUAAUGUGAAAUAAAUUUAAAAAUGAGUCUGAAAUGCACUUGCUUCCAAAUAGAUAUAACAUGUAAUUGAAAUGUGGUGGGAAAGAUUUGUUUGAAAUCCUAGCACUGCCUGCGUCAGAAAUUUCAAGGUAAUCCGUUUAUUCAUGGAAUCAUUGAUCUCUACCAGUGUUUGUUUACAUAGACUAUUCUUAUUCUUGUUGAUUCAUGCUGCACUAGAACUGUUCUAAAUAUACUAAGGGAUAGACAGUGUCUUUUUCACAAGAAAUAAGUAGCAGACUUGUAUAAAUGAUCACAUCAGGACAUUUGUGUUUCUUACACAAGCAAAAAUUAAAUGUUGAUUCCUCCUUUAACUAAAACUAUUGACUUGUGUGUUGGUGAACUGCAUGCAGGAAAAUGCUAUUACCAUAAAGAACGGUAAACCACAUUACAGUUGAGCCAAAAGAAUAAAGAUUUCUUUUUUAUUGUA